AUGAUGCGAUGCACUUCCGAUAUGAUCUCCAUGUACUGUGGUAAAAAUCAAAAACAGUGGGACAAAUAUUUGCCUCAAGUAAUGAUGGCCUAUCGCGCUUCUACCCAUUCACGUACUGGGAAAAGCCCAAACAUGUUGACUUUAGGUAGAGAAAUCAACUUGCCCAUGACAGCAGUGAUAGGGUUACCCGAAAAUCAGGAUCCCCUAACAGUCGACAACUAUGUUCAGCAACUACAGAACAACCUCGUCUUAGCACAUCAGGUAGCUAGGAAAACCCUGAAAAAGAAUGCAAUAUAUAGGAAAAAGUAUUACGACCAAAGGUCUCAUAAACGAACAUUUAAGGAAAAGGACAUAGUAUGGCUGUACAACCCUACUCGUAAGGUUGGCGUAUGUUCAAAGCUUAGUCCUAAAUGGAAAGGUCCCUGUCUUAUCAUACAGAAGAUUGAUGACACAACAUAUGUAAUAAAACAGUCAGCUAAAUCAAAAGGAAAGAUAUGGCUCAUCAGUGUUGGACAUGUGGCAACUACAGCAGCUCCAAAAAGAUGUUGA